AUGGAACAACUUCGCAAGAAACGUUCUGCAAAAGUAGCCUUCGCUACAACUGCUGCUAUGAAUGAAGAUACGCUGUCUACUCCCGGUCCAUCACCAUCGUAUUCGUGGAGUUUACAAGAACCUGACAACCCACCCACCAAACAGGUUCCUACAACCUACAAAAGAGAUCACGAUACCGAUGCGGUGACUACUACUAACGCUAUGGACGAAGAUGGCCGUUCUACUCCUGAUCCAUCCUGUUGGGAUCUACAAUCACCUCGUAGCCCCACCAUCAAGGACAAGAAAGAAGAAAAGAUUCCUGCCACCUACAAAAGGGACUAUGCCACUGCUAUCGCCAUGACGAAGGAAACUUCUAUCUGCGAACCAUCAUCGUGCAAUGGAGAUCUACAAUCACUUCGUAAGGUCUUCGACGAAGAGGUACGUUCCAUCACCGACAAAAUGGACGGUGCGUUUGCUGCUGCUUCCGAGACUGACAACAUCCUUGAGGAUGAUGAGGAUGACGACGACGAUGGGUCUGAUGUCGCCGACGACGACGACGAUGAGGAGGCGGAGCCAACUUGCUCUGGUAUUUCUGUUAAUUCGUUACCACUUGGAAGUUUUAUACGUACUCACGAAAAUUGUAUUCCAUUUGAGGUUUCCCUGUUGGUUAUGCAGCAUGUAGAGUGCAUUAAUUUAUGCUUGCAACAUCCAGAAAGUCAUUGGUGUGAUUUGACUAAUUUGUUUUUGGAUUCUAACGAACAUGACAAUUUGAACUUUAUAACAAACGUUUUGGAUUUGAUCGACACUCCAACAACUACGCGUUAUAUCUAUUUGUCGGCAAUGCUGCAAGUAGAUGAACACACUUUGCAGAUGAUUGCAGCUACAUUUCCGAAUCUUUUAUUGCUUCAUAUCCAAGACGGUUCAUUGCUAACAAACAAGGCGAUGGGAAUGAUUGCUAACAAAUUUAAUUUGGAACAUUUGUACAUUAGGAAUUGUAAACUGAUGACAAAUGUAGCAUUGAUGUGUCUCGCAGCUGCGCGUCCUACGCUUCGAACGCUUUGUUUAAUCGGAAGCAAGAACAUGAAGUUUAACAGUUUCCAAAGACUUAUUCAUAUCCAGAAGCAACUUCUUUGUGCAUAUUGUACUAUUUGAUUGCAUUGUUCUAUAAUGUAAUGGUUUUUUGCAAUGUUAUAUCAUUUCAUUAUGGAAAUUUUGUAUACUAUGGUUUGUUUUUACAUCUAUUGAAAUAUUUUAUAAUGGAGUGUAUUAUGAUUGUGUGAAUAAAACGAUCAAUCAAC